GAGAAAAGGAUCAAAUUUGCUCUGGGUGGGAAUAAUCCAGACACGAAGAGGAAAAGACUUUGGAAGCAGCAAACCAAAUCACAAAUUGAGGGAGCACACUGAUCCUUGCAGAAGCAGAGGAAACCCCAACACAGAGACCCUCUCCUAGGCUGCUGGCACCAUGCCCCCCCUGAAGACACUGCUUCUGAUCACCCUCCUCCUGGGGGCUUCUCUGCAGCACGGCGAGGCAGCUCGAGCCACCAAUGUGGGCCGGGAGUGCUGCCUCGAGUACUUCAAAGGCGCCAUUCCUUCCCGAAGGCUGGUGACGUGGUACAAGACGUCGGAGGAGUGUCCCAGGGCCGCCAUCGUGCUGGUGACUGUCCAGGGCAAGUCCGUCUGUUCAGACCCCAAGGACCCGAGGGUGAAGAAGGCAGUCAGAUACUUGAAAAGCCUCUCGAAGUCGCAGGGCUCCUCAGCCCAGGAUUCCUGAUCUCCUUCUUGGCCCCCUCGGAGGCGUCACCCCACCCCAAGCUGCCUGGACCCAGGAGCGGCUUGAUGAAGACAGAGGAGCCACAGUGAUGGACACCUUGACCCCUUUUCUGAAUUGUAGCACGGGCACAAAAGAGCCCCCAAUUAAAGUCUUUCUCCCUCA